AGUUAUGGCACGUACUUAGUGGAGCGGGUGAUGCACUUGGCACCGCCUCAAGUGAAGGGAUAUAUUCUCGACGGUGUGGUGUCUGAGGCGGGAUCAGAUCCAGAUACAAGAUUGUUCUUCUCGCACUGGGAUCGGAAUAUUUUGGCACCGACAAGAAGAUUUUUCGAACUCUGCGCGGAUCAAGAAAAUUGCCCUCUCCAGCUAAAUAUUGGUGAAAAUGAAGAUGUUUUGAGUGCUGUGCUAGAUAUUUACGGCGAAAUUGAUGAAGCGAUGAGUAACUGCGCGUUGGAAUUGAUGCUGCUCACGGGUAUCGAGACCCCAUCACAAGUACUACGUCCACUAAUGGGGUUACUUGUUCGAGAUUUUUCCGCUCGCACACUGGUUCCGUCAAUCUUAGGACGCAUGCAUCGAUGCAACAGUAAAGACCAAGAAGAACUGGAAUUGACACUGGGUCCACUGCUAGAUUUGAUCAUUCAGAAAGCCCAGGGAGUGGCAACACCAACAGGUUUUGACAACGUUAAGUUGCUAAACUCACGUCUUGCAACAACAGAAGUAGGGUCCAUUGAUCAGCUAGUGUAUUUAUUGAUUUCCUACUCGGAGCUCUGGUCUAAACCAUCGCCAACGGAAGCGGAACUUCAGGAUUUCUAUAUGGAUGGUGCCUUUUCUAUAGGGUCUGCUGCGCUGGCUCAAUACUGCCUUCUCACUGGAAAUUUAAGCCCGGCAAUCUCUACAAAUAUGAGAGACCCAGCGUGUAGUGAAAUAUCGCUCGACUUUGAAGAUAACUCUAACUAUACUCAGAGUUUCGUGUACUCUGUGGACGAAUACUCUAACAGAACAGCCUCUGUACCACCCAAUACUAGUUUACUGGUGAUCAAUGGUGGACUGGACUUCCAGACGCCGAGGGAGUUUGGGCGACAUCAAUACGAGUCGACAGCUCUGAGUGACCCUGAAACGAGUCGAAAGAUGCUGGUAGAGUUCGAUUUUGGUGCUCAUGUAUGCGGUCUCACGGCUACGACUACAGACGAUGACACGCUAGGCGAUCCAGAGCUGGUUGAUACGUCCUGCAUGGCUGACUUGCCGGAGCUUCAGUUGAAUGACGACGCGUUUUCUUUCCUGAUAGAAACUAUUAUCGAGGUGCAACGUGAACAAAUGCUGGAUGGUGGCUUUGGCUUUGGCCAGUGA